AUGGUGUUGCCGCUUCUUCUCCUCUUCGUCGUCGAUACUAUCACCGGAAAUUUCGCGAUGCUCGUGCUUUCCAGCACAGCCUACACUCUGGGAACCGUCAUGGUUGCAAUUUCGACUCCGCCGCUUCUUGCCAACGCAACCGGAACGUGCAAACAAUACGAGCCACACUGCGUUGGCCGCGUUCAGAAAACUCUCUUCUACACGGGGAUGGCAUUUGUAGCGGUAGGAAUAGCCGGCCACCUCGUCUCUCUCCACCCAUUUCUCGAAGAACAACAAGAUAGACCGAACGACGCCGGCCAUAUACAAGUUGGAGGUUACACUCUCCUUGUCCUUUUAUCUUUGACCGGAGCUAUCGCACUUCCGUUUAUAAAACCAUGGUCCAUCCGUUUCGGGAUUCCGGCAAUAUGCACCGCCCUAGCAACCCUUCUUUACCUCACCGGUUGGUGUAAGUACGAUAGGGGCCCACGCGGUAGGGUCCCGUUAAGUUCCGUCUGUCGAGUUUUCGCAACGAAGGUUCCGGUGUGUACCGCAGUCGUGGUUUGCGGCAUGGUAUCCGCGAUUAGGAACACUUACUUUGUGGCGCAAGCGAAUCACUUGAACCGUAGAAUCGGGGGACGGGAAGUCCCCAUUCAAGUGCUUCUGUUGAUUCUGUCAGGGGCAAAACAAGUUUUCGCCCCGUUAGCUGACAAAUUCCUAAACGCACGCGCACCAUCGACAGGGAUGGGAGUGACUAUGGUUCUGUCAGUCCUAUGUUGCGUAACUGCGGCCGAAACCGAGAGAAGAAGACUCGAUGUCGUCAGGAGUCACGGUUUAGUGGAUAAGCCGGACGAAGAUAUUCCGAUGACCGUGUAUUGGCUCGUGUUCCAGUUCGUCCUGCUCGCAGGAGUGGACUCAUUUUUCGAGAAGAGCAUCGCUAAAUUCUGCGACGGUUACGAUCAAAGCAAUGAGGAAUCGUUGAAGAAAUACUUGGGUUAUUUGAAUAAGGGGGUUUGUGGUGUCGGAUUCAUGUGUAGUGCGCUAUCGGUUUAUGCUGUGGGUAAAAUUAGUGAGAGGGUCGGAGGGAGAAAUUGGUUCGAGCACACAUUGAACGAGAGCCGUUUGGAUAAUUACUUUCUGGUGUUGGCAUGUUUGAGUGGUGCGAGUCUAAUUGUUCUUGUUUUCGUGGGUUUAUGUAUCAAGUUGAUUAGAAGAGUUUGUAUCUAG